AGGUGAUCUAGAUAUGAGUAACCAAGAUGUAGCUAAUCGGGAUGUACGUGAAGCCGAAAACGGCACCCUGAGACUAAACGAUUUUCAGAUGAUUGAUGAUGAUGAUGAUGAUGAUGAUGAUGAUGAUGAUGGUGAUGGUGAUGAUACUGAUUUCGAAGAUGAUGAUGAUGAUGGUGAUGAUGGUGAUGAUGAUGAUGAUGAUGAGGAUGAGGAUGAUGGUGAUGAUGAUGACGAUAAUGAUGAUGGUGAUGAUGAGCUGCACCCUGUUGAUGCUGCUGCUGCUGAUGAUGAUGAUGAUGAUGAGGAUGAUGAGGAUGAUGAUGAUACGGCGACGUACUGAUCAUGAAAAAAUGAUGAUGGCGAUAAACGAAGACACCGGUG